AGGACAGCUUGACGACAAUAAUCCCUUUGGCCGGAAUUGGCCAUAUCGAUUUACCCUCCCACCCAAUUCAUAUUUACUCGACCUAACUUAUUCGCCAUCGCCACAACCCCCGCUGAAUUUGCCGUCUCUCUUUUCCUUACCGCCCGAACGCCAUGGAUCAAUGGCAGGGCUAUUCCGACGCCGCUGGCGGUUCUCGAAGGUACAACGGUAGCAGUCAAAUGAGUUCGAGUAGGGAAUAUGCUCAGCAGCCUGCUCAAGUCCAGCCUCCGGUUGGUUAUAAGUACGAUCAGUACCAAGGUGCGAUAAACUCGCAUGCUCCUCAACAGAGCGUGACCUCGCCUAUCACCACCCCGCAGUUACGCGAUAACAAUGGUGACGUUCCUAUGCAGGAUGUUCAUGACCCUUACGGGAGCAUGAAAUAUCCUAUGCGCCCUCACCAUCAGUCGCAUCUCUCUGGAGGCAGGUCCUCAAAUCUCCAUUCGCCGUCUGAGCCUUCAGCUGCCGCUCAACGAUAUUCGCCUAUGGAAGUGCUGUCACCAACAUCGCCGUAUGCAUCUAAGUCUGCGACAAAUCAGGCUCAGUUUUCUGCGCCCCACACUCAGCGCCAGUCACCUACCCGGGCUGAAUACCAGUCUCAGAGCCCUUAUUACGGCCGACAAAAUCCUCAGCUACCUUCUAUUACAACCUAUCCCGGUUCACAAGAGAAUUAUCCCUCGUCUGCAGUUACGCCUCUGGACGGAACCUACGCUAACGACCCAAAAUCACCGAGGAGAACGCUGCAGCCCACCUCUAACAUGCCUGUCGAGAAGAAGCCCGUGCCCCAGUUUAAGAAGAUCGGGGCCGUGACGGAUUUGCGACCCAAGGUCAAUGCUCAGCCGCCGUUCCGUCGCGCAAACCCCGAGGGGGGUUUUAUAAGUCCUCUCCAAGCCCUCACCGUCCACCUGCCCGCGACGUAUCGCAUAUGCAACCCUAACUUCAAAUAUGAAUCUUCCCGCAAUCCCCGUCGGGUGCUGACUAAACCGAGCAAGGGAACUAAGAACGAUGGGUACGAUAAUGAAGAUAGCGACUAUAUUCUAUACGUCAAUGACAUCCUAGGUUCGGAGGAAGCCGGCCACAAGAAUCGAUAUCUUAUCUUAGAUGUGCUUGGACAAGGCACCUUCGGUCAGGUUGUCAAGUGCCAGAACUUGAAGACCCAAGAGGUUGUCGCUGUCAAGGUCAUCAAAAAUAGGACAGCGUAUUUUAACCAAAGCAUGAUGGAGGUGUCCGUCUUAGACUUGUUGAACACGAAACUCGACAAGAACGACGAUCACCACCUACUACGACUCAAGGACACAUUUAUCCACCGACAGCAUCUUUGCCUAGUAUUUGAACUUCUAAGCGUCAAUCUGUACGAGCUCAUCAAGCAGAACCAAUUCCGAGGUCUAAGCACGACACUCGUCCGAGUAUUUGCCCAGCAGCUCCUUAAUGGUCUCGCCCUGCUCAACAAGGCGCGAUUAAUACAUUGCGAUCUCAAACCUGAGAAUAUCUUACUAAAGAAUCUUGAGAGUCCCAUUAUCAAGAUUAUCGACUUUGGCUCAGCGUGUGACGAGCGCCAGACGGUAUACACGUACAUACAGUCGCGAUUUUACAGAUCACCGGAGGUAUUAUUAGGUCUUCCCUAUUCUUCCGCAAUCGACAUGUGGUCACUUGGUUGUAUUGUGGUCGAACUCUUUUUAGGUCUGCCAUUAUUCCCGGGUUCGUCCGAAUAUAACCAAGUCUCGAGAAUUGUCGAGAUGCUUGGAAAUCCCCCCAACUGGAUGAUUGAGGUCGGUAAACAAGCCGGCGAUUUCUUCGAGAAGAGGCAGGAUGAAUUCGGUCGAAAGACGUACCACCUGAAGAGCAUGGAACAAUACUCUCGGGAGCGGGGAACGAAGGAACAACCUAGCAAGAAGUACUUCCAAGCCAGUACGCUACCGGAGAUUAUUAAAUCAUAUCCCAUGCCGCGAAAGAACAUGAAGCCAAACGAGAUCGAACGAGAAAUGAACAACCGAAUUGCGUUUAUUGAUUUCGUGCGAGGACUACUGACUAUUAGCCCUCUAGAAAGGUGGUCGCCACAACAAGCGAAACUUCACCCCUUCAUUACUCAGCAGAAGUUCACAGGUCCUUUUGUACCGCCGAUGAACCUGAAGUCGAGCUCCUUGAAUCGCUCUCCAGCUCCUGGAACCCAACAGCAGCAGCAAGCUGCCGAGCUUAGCAAGCAAAGAGCGCAACAAGCGCAGGCCCAGGCUCAGGCAGCUGCUCAGGGAGCUUAUAUCAUGCAGAACCCCCAAUAUCCAGCUGCACAGCAUGGACAACCUUCGAUGUACCAAAACAAUGGCUUGUACACGCCUAGCGGUAGUCAUUCAGGGGCACCACCCCCUUAUUCCGCCCAGCAGUCGUCCUAUGGCCAAAUGCCCAUGGGCCAAGCUGCGCAAAUGGUGCCCGCGAAUUACGCUGCUGUACCGCAACCGAACCUAUACCAACAAGCUACGGUUCGAGCGGGUCGCCAGCGCGCAUCGACAAUGGAUCAGCAGCAGAGUGGGAUCCCCGCAGCGAUUCAGAGAGUUGCUAGUCACCUUGAUCCAAGUCAACCCAUCCGACUGCAACCGAGUCCUGCAUACUAUCCGCCGCCCGCCGAAGGGAUAGGUCUCACAGACCCUGGAGCAGGUAGGGUAGCCGGCAGGAGAGAUAGUAGGUCGCAGAGAGGAGCUACAACUAGAAGUAAUCGUGACUUCAUCCGUAAUCUGGAAGAAAGGACACUGGAGGAAGGGUUCAUGGGAGGCGGGGGUCAAAGUCCAUGGGCUUGAGGGAUGCACUAUGCGAUUUAAGUCUCCCGAGAGCAGAACCACGUAUGUCAAUCCACGUUGAGGCCAUCACAGCCAACCUCAACCUAUUGACGAGAAUCCAAAUUUCUAGGAUCAGCUCUCAGUCCUUGCUAGAUUGGCAGCAGCGAAAUUCCCGGAAGGACUCAU